AACAUCAACAUCAGCAUCAGCACCAGGAGCACCAUCGACACUGGCAUCGGCACCAACACCAGCACCAACCGUUACACCGGCAUCACUGCCAGCAACAACAUCAGCACCAACACCGGAGCAGCAUCAGCACCGACAUCAUCAACACCAGUACCAACAUCAACCCCGGCAGCAGCACUAACGCGGGCACCGGUGUCAGUGUAGGCAUCAACGUUGGCAGUGGCUCCAGCAGAGCCCAGCCAGGAUCACUUGUCCCACUUGGCACGGAGUCUGCGCCCAAGGACUCGGGGACCUUGGCUUGUCCUCUGCUGGAUACCAGUUCCCAGGAGGACGCUGGUCAGAGCUGGAGGGGACUCAGCCCGAAGCCCCAUCUCCCGUGAGGUCCCUCACUGACUGGGAGACAUCAGGAGGGGGAACCACCAGUCUGGGAAGCGAAGCAGGACCCUGGGCACAGGGGAGACGCAGUGCCAGGCCAGGCUGGAGGGUGCCAGGGUUAGCAUGACCGAGGUGGAACCCGUGCUGGACUUUGCAUCCUCGGGGAGAACAGGUCGGCGUAAUGCCCUGCCUGACAUCCUGGGCUCUCCAGCUGGCGUCAGCCCCUCUGACCUGCCCCUCAAGCUGGCUGAGAUGUCCCUGAAUGCAGGCAGCGCGCAGGAGAUGCAGUCGCCCUCGGCGGAGGUGCCCCCUCCGCAGCCCCCCAGCCCCGAGCUGAAGGACACAUCCUAACCCCACUCCCUGGGGGGACCUUGCUGACCAGCGGAGGAAAGAAGAGGCUGUGGAGCAUCAACCCAGCUUUCCUGGCACGGCUGGAGUCCGCUGGGUUUUCCUCGGUGCUAUCGCAGCGAGACCAUCGGGCGUCAUCGUCCCCGUCGUGGGGGAGCAUCGCGUGGUGGGGACCUGCCGUGACCAAGGGGUGAUUCCCACCCACACCCUGGCGGAGCACCCGGGGAGGGGGGAUUUUUUGCCUCCCAGUGGGAGGAAUAUUAUUCUUCGGGGGCAUUUGGCAGCACCGAGUGCAGGGGCUUCGCCGGGGGGGGCUUUAUCCUGGUGGCAGGAGCAGCCCACAGGUGUUUCUGGCUGAGUGUGGUGUUCACUGUGAUGUUUUGGGUACCACCUCCGUCUCCUGGCCUUUUUUUCCUGGGUGUUGCAGAAGAAGAAGAAUAAGGUGGGAGCGGAAGCACCCCAAAUCCCAACAGCACCCCAAGCCCUUAGCAAAGUCAACCCCUGGCAGCCAGCACCUUGCUGAGGGGACCCAGCAGGGACAGGAGCACCCCAGGGUGGUCCUU